AUGGCGAGCGCGUCACCUGUGGAGAUCCUGCGCUCGACGCGGCAGCUGCCAGUGGCGGAGCGAGAGCUCGUCUUUACCAAACGACCGGUCGAUGUUGCAUCCUCUCUUUCCUCUGCAGGUGCUGCCUGGGGCAAGAGCACGCGCAAGUGGGUGGCGGCCCCGUCCACUUGCUCUUCUUCUGUCCGGGAGUUUGGCGACGUCAUGCCGCACGAGCUACGGACGCUAGUAGCCGCUUCUUUUGACGUGUUUAUGCGCACGCAGAAACGUUCAGAUGAGCCGCGUGUUUUUGUUGUGAGACGCGCCAGUCGCGAGUACCGUGAAGCGCUCGCGACGUGCAUUUUGUCGAUACAAGACCGUCGUCUCAAGACGCAAGCACUGGAUCAUGUGAACACGCAGGAGGAGAGUGACUUUCUGCACUUGAUGAAUGUGUCGCUAACGAUCUGGCGCUUGUGUGAACUGCUGCUGCUCCGCGGGGGAGCGAGAGGAGCUGACAGGACGCUUGCAUAUGAGCUGGCGCAAUGGCUGCAGGACUGUUACUGUAGUAAACUGGUGGAGAAUGCCGAGAUGGAGAGUAGGCGACUAAAACAGCAAGAGAAACCAGAAGAUGACGCGGCAUUCUGGAGGACAGUUGAGGAAUGGGUGAUGAUGGGAAGUGGCGUCAGUGCCUGGAGUUUAUUGGCGUCGCACUCAAACUACAAGUCUUUAUUUUCUCGUGACGCGCUGUCGGUCACCGGAACAUCGACAAAGGCAGGCUUUCAAGCAGUGCAGAAGCUGCUGCUGUCGAUGCCGGGAAGAAACUCUAUGAAUGUGGGCAUGAACUACGACGUGCUAACCGAGUGGAAGAAGUGGAAUGACGCGUGUCAGUACUUGCUCAGCACUGACGGAUGCAUCAAAGCAAAUGAUGGACUAAGAACGCUGCUAGAAGUCAUGGCUGGUAAGGAGCAUGCAUUGAAGAGCCGUGCUACCACCUGGUACGAGCUUAUGAUGGCGAGGCUGUUCCUAGAUGAACCAAAGACGUUUGCAAACCGCUUCCAAUUUGUAAUGGUCGACUGCUUUCGCGCUUACAACAGUGACGCGACGCAAAUGGAUAGGUUUGAAUCCAUCGUCUUAGCUAUCAUGGACCAUGACAUUCAGAGCACGUUGCAGGAAAUCGUUGCACUCGGAUUUUCGUGGAUGGCCGCGCAUCUCGUCGACCUAUUGCAAAAGAGUAAUGUGGUUGCAGCCGACGACUUGGUGCCACAAGCUGGGUGUACUGUGCGGGAGCAUUUUCUACUUGAAUACGCCAUGGAAAUCGGUGCGAGCAGUGGCAUGUGGCAGUUCGCGGUGCGCUACUACGAAUUUUGCCCUAAGUUUGGAGUUGUGGCGAUUCGAUCUGCGCUGGAGCGCGAACCGUUGAUAACGGAUCACAAAGCCGAGCGGCUUCUUACGUACUGCAACGGGAAAAAGCUUCUGGCGCCGACUUCUCGGCGCAUUAUGAUCCAGAGAGCGCACGAGUGCAAGACAAAAAAGCUGUAUGCAUCCGCACUACAAUGGAUGUUGCGUGGCAACCACCUCGAUGACGUGGAUGCUCUUUGUGAUGAUAUCGUGCAAGAGUGCAACGACACGAACUCCCUGUCUCCUUUGCAUGAGGCAGUACAGUUUGUUGAGUCAUGCCCUGAGCUAGCACGUCCGCAAAAGUUGGCAUGGCUGGUACGGUAUCGCGAAUUUCGUAUCGUGUUAAAUGACUGCGAGUGUUUGCGGACGCAGCUGAGAGGCGACGGUGGCAUGAUCAGUACGGAAAUGCGUGUGAGUUUGGCAACCAAACUUCGGUUAGUGUCAAUGGAAGCUGCUAAGCGGCUCGAUUGGUUACUUAGUUCGACCGAGGCACCGAAAGCGCUUCGUUCCGAUAUACUCCAGCAAGCCGAGUAUUUAUUGGAGGAGUCUCCGUCUGUAUUUGAACCACAACACCUGUACUCGCUGAUGGCGUACCUGCGACAACUGGACCGUUCGUUUGACCGCCACGAGUUUUAUAAGCUGGGCUCGAACGAGCAGCUGAAGGCACGAAUUGAAGUUUCGAUUUCCCGAAACUUGGCGGAAGCAAUGAUUCAAGCUGCUACCGCAAGCGCUAGCAAUGUUUCAAUAGCGGAUACUCUAUGUCGUCAACCGAAUGUUGCGCCUCUUUGUCAGCAGCCUAAUUUGACCGCAGACGCGCCUUUUACGCCCAUGGAAGAAUGA